AUGGCCAGAAGCAUUCUCUCUCUCUCUCUCUCUCUUAUUUCUUUAUUACUUACUUUCUUUUCUAUUCCUUAUCAGACAUUAGCCUUUGCUUUCUUAUUUCCAUAUAGCCUUCUUUCUUUUCUUUGGGGCUCUGAUAUUCCCUUCUUUCUUUUUUUUUUUUUUCUUUCUUUCUUUCUUUCUUUCUUUCUUUCUUUUUUCUUUUCUUUCUUUCUUUUCUAUUCAUUCUUUGGUUCUUGUUUCCAUAUUUCCUUCUUUCUUUCUUUCUUUCUUUUCUUUCUUUUCUUUUCUAUUCUUUAUCAGACUUUGUGGCUUUUUCUUUCUUAUUUCCAUAUUGCCUUCUUUCUUUUCUUUUUUGGCUCUGAUAUUUCCAUUCUUUCUUUUUUUCUUUCUUUCUUUUCUUUCCUUAUCACCUUUGCUUUCUUAUUUCCAUAUUGCCUUCUUUCUUUUCUUUGUGGCUCUGAUAUUCCCUUUCUUUCUUUCUUUCUUUCUUUCUUUCUUUCUUUCUUUCUUUCCAUCUUUCUUUCCUUCUUUCUUUUUUUUCUAUUCCUUAUUAGUCUUUUGCCUUUGCUUUCUUAUUUCCAUAUUGUCUUCUUUUUUCUCUUUGUGGCUCUGAUAUUCCCUUCUUUCUUUCUUUCUUUCUUUCUUUCUUUCUUUCCAUCUUUCUUUCUUUCUUUUUUUUCUAUUCCUUAUCAGACUUUAGCCUUUGCUUUCUUAUUUCCAUAUUGCCUUCUUUCUUUUCUUUGUGGCUCUGAUAUUCCCUUUUUCUCUUUCUUUCUUUCUUUCUUUUCUUUCUUUCUUUCCAUCUUUCUUUCCUUCUUUCUUUUUUUCUAUUCCUUAUUAGUCUUUUGCCUUUGUUUUCUUAUUUCCAUAUUACUUUUUUCCUUUGCUUUCUUAUUUCCAUAUUGCCUUCUUUCUUUUUUCUUUGUGGCUCUGAUAUUCCCUUCUUUCUUUCUUUCAUUCUUUUUCUUUCUUUUUUCUUUCUUUCUUUUUUCUUUCCUUUUUCUUUCUUUUCUUUCCUUAUCAGACUUUUUGCUUUUGCUUUCUUAUUUCCAUAUUGCCUUCUUUCUUUUCUUUGUGGCUCUGAUAUUCCCUUUUUUUUCUUUCUUUUUUUUCUUUCUUUCUUUCUUUCUUUCUUUCCUUCUUUCUUUUUUCUAUUCCUUAUUUCUUUUUCCUUUUCCUUUCUUAUUUCCAUAUUUCUUUCUUUCUUUGCUUUCUUAUUUCCAUAUUGCCUUCUUUCUUUUUCUUUGUGGCUCUGAUUUCCCUUCUUUUCUUUCUUUCUUUUCUUUUCUUUCUUUUCUUUCUUUCUUUCUUCUUUCUUUCCCUUUGCUUUCUUAUUUCCAUAUUGCCUUCUUUCUUUUCUUUUUCUUGAUAUUCCCUUCUUUUUUUCUUUCCUUUCUUUCUUUCCAUCUUUCUUUUUCUUUUUUUUUCUUUUUUUGCCUUUCUUUCUUUUUCCAUAUUUUUUUUUCUUUCUUUCUUUUUCUUUCUUUCUUUCUUUCUUUCUUUCUUGCUUUCUUUCUUUCUUGCUUUCUUUUCUUUUUUUUUCCUUAUCAGACUUUAGCCUUUGCUUUCUUAUUUCCAUAUUGCCUUCUUUCUUUUCUUUGUGGCUCUGAUAUUCCCUUUCUUUCUUUCUUUUUUUCUUUCUUUUCUUUCUUUUCUUUCUUUAGUCUUUUUGCUUUCUUUUUCCAUAUUGUCUUCUUUCUUUUCUUUUCCUUUUUUCUCAGAUCAACUUUAGCCUUUGCUUUCUUAUUUCCAUAUUGCCUUCUUUCUUUUCUUUGUGGCUCUGAUAUUUCCCUUCUUUUCUUUCUUUCUUUCUUUCUUUCUUUCUUUUCUUUUUCUUUUUUUCUUUUCCUUAUUUCUUUUUUCUUUAGCCUUUUUCCAUAUUUUCUCUUUCUUUCCUUUCUGAUAUUCCUUCUUUCUUUUUUCCUUUCUUUUUUUUCUUUCUUUCUUUUUCUUUCUUUUUUUCUUUUUUUUCUUUUUUUUCUUUCUUUCUAUUCAUUUUUCUUUCUUUCUUUCCAUUUUUUUUUUUCUUUCUUUCUUUCUUUUAUUUCUUUCUCAGACUUUUAUCCUUUGCUUUCUUAUUUCCAUAUUGCCUUCUUUUUUUUUCUUUCCUUUGCUUUCUUAUUUCCAUAUUGCCUUCUUUUUUUUCUCUUUGUGGCUCUGAUAUUUCCUUCUUUCUUUCUUUCUUUCUUUCUUUCUUUCUUUCUUUCUUUCUUUCAGACUUUCUUUUUUCUUUCUUAUUUCAGACUUUUGCCUUUGCUUUCUUAUUUCCAUAUUGCCUUCUUUUUUCUUUGUGGCUCUGAUUUCCUUCUUUCUUUCUUUCUUUCUUUCUCUUUCUUUCUUUCUUUCUUUCUUUUCUAUUCCUUAUCAGACUUUUGCCUUUGCUUUCUUAUUUCCAUAUUGCCUUCUUUUCUUUUCUUUGUGGCUCUGAUAUUUCCCUUUCUUUUUCUUUCUUUUCUUUCUUUUUUUCUUUCUUUCUUUUUUUUCUUUUCUAUUCCUUAUCAGUCUUUUGCCUUUGCUUUCUUAUUUCCAUAUUGUCUUCUUUUUUCUCUUUGUGGCUCUGAUAUUCCCUUCUUUCUUUCUUUCUUUCUUUCUUUCUUUCUUUCUUUCUUUUCUUUCUUUCUUUUUUCUAUUCCUUAUCAGACUUUAGCCUUUGCUUUCUUAUUUCCAUAUUGCCUUCUUUCUUUUCUUUGUGGCUCUGAUAUUUCCCUUCUUUCUUUCUUUCUUUCUUUCUUUCUUUCUUUCUUUCUUUUUUCUAUUCCUUAUCAGUUCUUUAGCAUUUUCUUUCUUAUUUCCAUCUUUUCUUUUUCUUUUCUUUUUUCUCUUUUGUUUCUUAUUUCCAUUCUUUCUUUCUUUCUUCCCUUCUUUCUUUAUUUCUUUCUUUCUUUCUUUCUUUUCUAUUCCUUAUCAGACUUUAGCCUUUGCUUUCUUAUUUCCAUAAUGCCUUCUUUCUUUUCUUUGUGGCUCUGA